AUGAGUGAUUAUGCUUCAAUUAUGCACUGCUCGAUGCAAGAGUCCACUGGCCAGUUGCAGCCAUUCAACAUCCCACAGUGGAUUUACAUAGCUGUGUCACAACCUCAGAUCGAUUAUCUACGGCAGAACGCAGUGUGGUACCCCAAAAUUCCUGAGCCAAGCUUAUGCUUGAAUGAGAUGUCCUUCCUCGGAGAGGAUCCGUUGGUUCCCGGCUAUCGACCUCUAUAUUGGACUCUUUUUGGUGGCGCCAAUGGUCGAGAACUUCGCUCCUUAACCGCAAUAUCGGUCAAUAUGCUCGAAUACCGUAUGGGGGUUUACUACAACCAUGAGGAAGAUCCGAGGAUUGUCUUUCACCUUGGCUAUGAUCCGUCUAUUCCUAAUCUAUGGGAGUUUUCAGAUCGAGGCAACUUUUCUGUCGAUGGCCAGAUGGGGAAAUUAUUGAUGCUGUAUAUGUUGCUGUCCAACACUAUUCUAAUGAUGAAGCCUGUUACCGACACUUCAGUCAAGGGGUUCCACAACGUUAUAUGGUUUUGGUUGUUCCAAGACCAUGGCGCCCGGGAGCUCAGAACGAGAGAGGAAGCAGAAAAACAAGAAAACCUGCAAUUUAAAAAGCUAGAAAUAACACCCGAGACAACUAUAAUUGGAUUUUAUGCAGUAAAGGAAAGGGAUAUAGCUAGAGUUAUGGCAAAAAGAGAUUAUAACAAGAGAUAUAGUUAG